GACAGUAGUUCCAAGCAAGUUCUGUAAUUCAAGGUGAUCCACCAUAUCAAGCGUUCUACCAAACGCAAUAAAAAGUCUCAGCUUCUGAACUUUAAAUCGGAAACACUGUAGUUUCUUUCUAUAAACACUAUUGGCUUAUUCUCCUUUUUCUUUGAGCGUGUUUUUCCCCUUAAUGAAUGCGUUUUAAAGAAAUACUAUUUGAGAAACAAAAAAUCAGAUCAAAAAUUAUUUCAUUUUGUACAACACUGUUUUGGCGCUAAAAUUAAAAGGAAUAUUCACUAAAAGUGGGUUUUUCACAAUGGCUAAGAAGUCGCCUUCGACUGUUGAAGAACUUCGACUGGCUUUGAAGGAAAUCGGUCUUAGUACAUAUGGAAACAAAGAUACAUUAAGAAAACGAUGGAAAGAACGGAAUGCUCGACUUGAACAGGUUCGAAGACAACAAGCUUUACAAACAAAAACGUCAGCAGAUAAAGGAAUGAAACUACGCUACUUGCUAGUGGUUGACGUUGAAGCAACAUGUGAAGAGGGAUGUGGUUUUUCAUAUAUGAACGAGAUUAUUGAAUUUCCCUGCUUACUUUACGAUUUGGAACAGAAACGCAUUAUUGACGAAUUCCAUACAUAUGUCAAACCGAGGCGAAUUCCUACGCUUUCAAACUAUUGCAAAGAGUUGACAAAGAUCCCACAAAAACUCAUUGACAAUGCUCCACCGUUCAAAACAGUGCUCGAUCUGCUGCAUGAAUUUCUUUCUAAACAUGAUGACAAAUUAAUUCCCCCGGUUAAUGGUCCGAAUACCUUUGAGUGGAGCCGUCUUCCAAAAACGGCUUAUCAUUUUCGGUCGCAGAAAAACUGGGCUUGGGCUUGUGAUGGUCCUUGGGAUAUGGCAUCUUUUGUUGCCAAAGAGUUCGCGACAACAGAGGAAAACAAUCCCCCGUCUUGGAUUAAUGGACCUUUUGUAGACGUCCGUUCGCUUUUCUCUGAUGCCUUUCGAGUUUCAAAGUCCAAUAUAAAUGCAAUGCUAUCACGUUGGAACUUGACAUUUGAAGGCCAAGAACAUAACGGACUCGAUGACGCGCGCAAUCUCGUUCGUGUCAUUCAGCAUAUGCAGCAAGAGGACAUCGAAUUUGAGCACAAUCGAUGGUGGCUCCAAUACCAAAACGUCGGUUGGUGCUUUCCUCGAAAAUAUGCACCCUUUAUUCCCUACCGGCCUAAAGGUAAAACGAUACCCCAUGACUAAUUACCGAUUACUCAGUACUCUUUUGACGAUGUCCUUCUCUUGCUGAUGAAGGCCAAAUGUUAGGUAUUGAAAUUCUAAAGUAGUUAGAGAUUCAUUCGAAUAAGAUAAUUCAUACUGUUGAAAUUGUGGUGACACACAUCGGGUAAUAAACCAUUUUCGAAUACGUGUCUCUAUAAUGUGUGC